AUGCAAGACCCGAAGCUGCUCUACGCCGUAAAUGGCGUCAGGGCCUACCACAUUUCCAAUGGCGAGGAGCAGUCCCUCACGCCCGCCGGCCCGCAAACGCUGUCGCUCCUCAUGGUGCCGACCUCGUCCGGCUUCGCUGACCCGUCGGGCCUCGCCAGCGGCAACGGCGAGGAGGACUUUUACCUGCACCUGCACCUCCCGCCCGAGCUCGACCUGCCCAUGCCCGCCACGACGCAAAUUUACCACCAGCCGCCCAGCAGCUACCUGAUCCCCCGCUGGGACCUGGGCCCCGGCAGCGGCGCGUUUACCCGCCUCGAGUUUCCCGCCGCCCACAGCCGCGCCGGCGUGCAGGAGGACGUCGACACGUUUGAGACGAUUCUGGCGCAGUGCACGGCGUUUCUCGAGCGCGCCACUCCGCCCGCGCCCCCGCGCUCCAAGGCCGCCGAGGCCAAGGCAAGAGAAGCGGCCGGCGACGCGCCGCCGCCGUACAACCCGGCGAGCUUCGAGGCCGGCGAGGGAUAUGUUCAGGGCAGCGCCAGCUCCCACGUCGGCGGCAGGAUCGUGCUGGUCGACGAGGAGGAUGGCAGUGUUAUUGGUGAGCUGAGCGAGGGCUUCAACGUCGUCGAAGAUAGUGGUGUCCGUCCUGGAACCAAGGACCCUGUCGAAAUCACCCUCCCUGGAGACGGUUCGAACAAUAUUUCAGUCGAGCCUGUCGAGUACGACUACAUUGAGGAGUCUAUCCAUCCCGCCUACAGAAAGUCGUCGCUUGUGAGCGGCGCGACUCGCGCAUCGCGGCUGCUCAUCACAACCUCGGACUACGUCGGCAAGAUGCUGCAGAACCAGGCCGACAGCUUCACGCACAAGACGGAGCCCGUCGCGAACCCCGUGACCUUUACGCCCGCCACGCACGAGCGCAUCCGCCGCAUCAACCACUUCUCCUCCAAGGCUGCCGGUCUGUCCUCCUCCACCGUCGGCUCCAUCAGCAAGGUCACGCAGAACCUCGCCUCCAACAUCCGCCGCAAGGACGGCAGAGCCCGCGGCUACGACAAGGACGGCAACCUGGUGGAGAGCUACAAGCCCGGUAUCCUCAACAAGAGCCUCAUGGCCUUCAACACCAUUGUCGACGGCGCAGAGCAUGCUGGCAAGUCGCUGCUCAACUCCACCUCGAGCAGCGUCUCGACUGUGGUCGGCCACCGCUGGGGCCCCGACGCGGGCGAGGCCGCGCGAAAUAUCGGCGGCGGCUUCAAGAAUGUUGGCCUCGUCUACAUUGACGUUACUGGCGUUUCGAGACGCGCCAUUCUUAAGAGUGUCGCCAAGGGCAUGCUGGUCGGCCAGGUCAAGGAUGGCGGCAAGGUCUAUGUCGGCGCCGACGACACCGCUUCAGUACAUGGAGCCAAUGGUCCCGGAAAAGCGGCAGCGGCGGCUGCUCAUGCUGACUCCAAGGGCAAGAAGGCGUCGAAAUAA